CCAACCAAGUUUCCCGGUAUUCCUCCGAACUCACAGUAGAAAAAGGCGGCAAGGGUUUCUUACACUUCUCCCGUUUUCUUCCUUGUGAGAUUGGAAUGAGAAUCGAGCGAUUUUAACUACUUUUUUUUCCCGAAGAAAAUCCGAAGCGGAUGCAGUAGAUGGAUCUAAUAAGUGAACUGCCAGUAGAAGUGAAGGAAUUGAUUUUGCAGUGCUUGCCUUUUCGAGACGCGGCGAGAACUUCUGUGCUCUCAACUCACUGGAAGGAUAUUUGGUUGCAGCAUGCGUGUCGUUUAUGGGAUGAGGAGGAUCUAUGGCAACAAGUUUUCCCUGUUGGUACUGAGUGGGAUCAGUUGGACAUGGUCUAUCAGUAUAAAUGGAACUUCUCAAAUCUGGAGGAAGCCUUUGAAGAAGGCGGAAAGUUAUAUGGAAAAAAAGUCUACCUUUUUGGCUGUACAGAACCACAAUUGGUCUCAUACCAAGGUCAAGCAAAAGUUUCAUGCAUACCAGUUGUGGUUGCUGUGGUUUCACCUUUUCCACCUUCAGACAAAAUUGAAAUAAACACUGUACCAUGGGAAGCUGAAGAAAUAGUGCCCAUGAAACAGAUGAAAAUGGAUUGGAUUCCAUACUAUAGGGAUUCUCAGGUUGAAAGACUCAAAUCCCAAAUUUUUAUAUUGGGUUGUACCCAAAGAAGGGCUGGCCUAAAACACUUGAAGUUGGAGCAUGUGAAGAAGUUAGAAUAUUCCCAACCCUAUUUCUACCACCCUUUCCCGGAAGAUGAGCUUGAACAGAGCACUUUUGUGGAGAUUAUGUUUACAGGAGAACCCAUACCUGUUUUCUGCGAGUUUGAUUGGGAAUUGGAUGAAGUUGAUGAAAUUACAGACAAACUUAUUGAAGAAGAGGAGUUGACGGAAGAUCAAAUAGAUGCCUUCAAGGUCUUUAUUAAGGAAAAGGUCCGUGAAGCCAAAAAGGCUAACCGAGAGGCAAGGGAAGCCCGGAAAAAGGCAAUAGCAGAAAUGAGCGCGGAAAAAAAGGCUGCAUUUGAUGAUAUAAGAUUCUACAAGUUUUAUCCUGUGACCUCACCUGAUGCUCCUGAUGUAUCGAACAUGAAGGUCAGAAUCAUGAUUCAUAUUUUUUUCCUUGUAGGUGUAAUUAGUCUAGGUGCAUUUAUGGCACAGCAUAAAUUGGGGUCGUUAAAACAUAGUUGCUCUGGGUGUAAAUCACAGAUUAGAACUGUAAACACCUGAUAAUAAGUUCCUAGCUUUGAUAACCUUUUUUCCAUAGAAAAUAAAAUGGAUAACCCGAGCAGAACUUAAUUCCCUCAACCUUCCUCCUGACACCUUUUUAACUAUGAAAAUCUUUAUGUAGUGUUUCUAAUCAUAUAGCAUAAAUGUACUAGUUGUUUGGUUUGCUGUCUUCACUUUGAAUGGUUGAUUGUCUCUCUGCUAUCAAUCUGCAAUUUAUAAUCCUUCUUUUUAAAAUGUGAAGUAAUACCCUGGCAAAUUAUCAUGAAAACUUACAAACAUGCUUCAUUCUGACAAGUUGAAUUUUGUUGUGAAUCUUUUGUUGCAGUCUCCAUUCAUAAACAGAUACUACCGGAUGGCUCACGAAAUUUUGUGACAUUCUGAUAAAGACCGUAAUAAGUGGAUAGUGUACACACACGAAAGAAGGAAUAGGAAGAACCAAGGCAUAUUUCAAGGAAAAUCUGCAAUUAUUGUUUAACAUGAUUGUUGCUUAAGUUCUACAAUUAGACCUUGUAAUAGGGUAUAAAUUGAGACCUUCUCCUAUGCAGUAAGGCAUUGAAUAAGCUCUGAAAUAAUAGCUCUAGCAGCUGGGCAAGAUAUCAUCUCGCAGGAGGGAACCUUAUGGUCCCUUGUUUUUUUGUUUUCUCCCUUAUUUGAAUUCUGAAAUUCUAGAUUCUCUUUUUCUCUC